AAACCAUUAGGCUGAGGGGGCUAUGGACUAGUAGUUCUCCUAAGUGGGGUGAUUCUGAGGACUCUAAACUGUUGCAUACAGAGCAGAAUGGUGAACUGGAAGAGGGGGAGAGGGUCAUUCUCAAUCUGGCUACUUAUUCUGGUGCUGUUUGCUCUGAGGGAGAUCCAGACAGCUCGCCACAAGCAUGAAAUGAAGUUCACUGUCGUGGCCACCUCCCAAGCUCUCUUGGACCACAUUGCUGUCGCCCUCAUUGAUGACAUUUUCUGGGGUUCCUAUUACAAAUCAAGCCAUCAGUUUGCAGUGAAGGCAGCCUGGAUCUCUGAGGCCUUGGGGGCUAACUUAACUGAAGAGAUGCAACAUUUGGUCCUGGACCAUGAGAGAGGUUACCAAUUCUUCAUCCAUCACUUGACAAGAAAUGACACCAAGAUUGAGAGGAAUCACACAUUGCAGAUUCGUUUUGAUUGUGAAUUAGAUGGAGAUAUCCAGUUGAGCAGCCUUGCGAAGUAUGGCUUGGAUGGAGAAGAUUUGAUCCAGAUAGAAGGGCUAGAUGGACAAUGGGUGGUCUUGAACCCUAGGGCUCAUAGCUUCAAAUUCAUUGCGGAAAGUCCUUUCUGGACAGAAGUGAGAAAAUUUUACAAUAAGAGAUACUGUGUUGGAGCCAUGCAGAAAAUACUUCGGAAUUCAAGCAUGAAAGAGAAUUUACCACCAGACGUCUAUGUGUCGCGCCAAGAUUUUCCCAAUGGCACUAUCAGAUACUCCUGUACAGCCACAGGCUUCUACCCACCAUCCAUCCUGCUGCACUGGAAGAAGGGGAGUGAUGGUGCUAUAUGGGGGAAAGAGAACUCCAGCGGCACCCUGCCUAAUUCUGAUGACACCUUCUACCUCCGAAUCUCCCUGGAGAUCCAGCCAGAAGACACAGGGACAGGUUAUGCUUGUGUGGUAGAUCACAGUCAGCUGGAGACACCAGCUGUGUACCCUGUCCCUGAGAAGCCCUCCAAGUGGAAUCUGUGGGCCGUUGCUCUGAGCGUCCUUCUAGCAGCCAUCCUGAUGAUUAGCUGUUUUGUGGUCUUCCCCAAAUGGACAAGGAGAAAGGCAGGAACAACUUCAGAAGCUCAACUGGAAGAACGUUUUUCUUCUUCUAUUGCUUCUCCUGCUAUUGAUCUUCAGUGAAGGGAUUCAUCAACCCACGACCCUAACACCAAGGCAGUUGCCAUCUUCCAUGGCAGCCUCCAUAUAUUUGUCAGAGGGGUCAUCUGUUGCACGCCUAAUGAUAAUUGUAAUCCUUUCUCUAACUGGCCUCUCUAUGUAGGACACAGGUCUGGAAUGGGGCAUCCAAUGAACCUCCAUUAAAUGCAAGACACACAGCACACAGUCCACCUCAGUUUCCUUUGAAAAUUGGAAGAAUGUGACCCAGGUCACAAGUAGUUAAGUUUAAAAGUGAUGGAAAAUGUAAGGAACAAUCGAAUGCUUGAGUGUAA